UGACUUUGUUUUUCUUUGUACCGUCAGAAAUAUGGCGGGAGAAGACGAAGUUUCUCAAGUUGUCGAGGAGGAAAUCCAGUCUCAGACAACUGAACAAUCUGGAUCUGACCGGCUAUUUAAGCUACCCUUAUCUAGAAUCAAGCACAUUAUUAAAUCGGACCCAGAUGUGUCACUAGCUAGCCAGGAAGCUGUGGUGUCUUUGGCGAAAGCAGCGGAACUCUUCAUUCAGAUGUUAGCCAAGGAUGCUGCAACAAAGACACUACAAGGGAAGAGGAAAACACUACAGAGAAAAGACUUAGAUGUCAUUUUGGACACAAGAGAUUGCUAUGCUUUCUUAGAAGGAGUCCUCGACUCGUGAUGAGGGGAUUGCAGAGAGGAAUUGGUUCAGAUCCUAUUCACCCCCUGGGGGAGAUACAGUGCUGAGGAGCAACAGAUGGACAAAAGCAAGGGAGGCUCUUGGGAGCAGUGUGUGCCUAUGAAAACAUUUCUUGCCUCUGAAGUCCAUGUUACUCAGUUCAGAUAUAUACCGACUACUAAAGGGGUCAUACAUUGUAAAUAGUUUUUAGAUGUCUUUUUAGUCAAUAAAUUUAUUUUACAACCUU